CAAACCUACCAAAGCCCAUGAAGAUUGUAUUCCAAACUCUUCUGAGGCCCAGGACUGUUUUCUCUUUUAUUUUGACAAAUUCACGUUUAAUGAAGUCAAUAUUGUCUAAGGUUGGUAGAAGACGCUUUCCUAUCACAGUAACGAUGGAUUUAAAUUGGAUUCACCAUUAUCUUUCACGAAUCCUGGUUGAUAGAGAUGUCUGUGAGGUUCUCAUUACUUUACCUGAAGCCCCCUUUCCUAAUUUUUGCCAAGUUCCCAAGAGUUGUAAGAAGAACGGCAUUAUGAUCCCGGCUCUAUGGAGCGGUGAUUACCGAAGCUUCAUCAACUUUCUAUACCCGCUUUCUCUGAAUACCAAGCUCAAUCAUGUGAAUUUCAAUGGUUUCAAAGAUAUUUCCCAAACCUCUAAAAGCUGGACGAAGAACGGCAUUAUGAUCCCUCUUUCCAUAGAAAAGGGGUUACCGAAGCUUCUCCAAGCUUUUAUGUUCGCCUCUAUGUUCUCAGAACUCAGUCGAGGGUUAAUCUUCCGGGUGUAUAAUGUAAAUCGAGAAUAUCUUCAAGAUGAACCCAAGCCUUUAUCCCAUGCUUUAAAGCAAACCUCUCCUGGAAUGUCUCCGCCUUCCUCUAUGGUGGAGCGUUUUAUUGAAAGCUCCAAUGCGCUAUUCGUACGAGCUGUUUGUGACCACGAGCUGGUCUUGGAUAUCCUGAAGUUUGUCUUCAAUGUGGAAUCCAUCAUGGUCUUCAUUAGAGUUAUUCAUUUGGUUGCAAGCUUUUCAAACUUUUGGAGCUUUCCCUCGGAUAAAUCUUUAAGCCUUUAUCUUUAUCUCUUUGUUUAUGUCUUUUGUAUUUCAUCAGCUCAUGCUUUGUAUGAACUCCCCUCUGCUGAGGUUUAAGUGAAUGCAAUCUUUGUUUGCCCAAGAAAAAAAAAAAAAAAAAAGUCAUGUACAUUAUCGUUUUAAGUUAUAGUCAUUUAUAUUCAAUCGCUUUUAAUUACUAAUUCUUUUGUGAUCUUCUACGAUGCACUUGUUA